GAUGCUUGUUUUCGUGAUGGACUGAAUGGAAAUACCGCGUUCUGAUUGGUGUAUUUCCAUCCAUCCAUUUUCGGAAAUGCGUCAAUCAGAACGUUUCCAUCCAGCAAACAAUCCAGCAUGAAAACAAGCACUGGUGCUGCUGGCUUUGUUCAAAAGAAUCAAAUAACUGCGAUACAAGGAUAAAAAGGAAGUUACUGAAAGAAGUCAAACGAUAAGAGAAAAAUGGAAAACGAAGAUAUAGAAGAAUUACGCGAAUUGAAAGAACGACUCGUACAACAAGCGAUUCAGUUACGAGAUAAGCUGAAGAACCAGGAAAGCAACGGACGUCAAUCAUUGAUUAAUCUCGAUAUUACUUCAUUUUCUGACGAUGAAAAAUACAAGCCUUCAGAAUCACGGCUCAAUAUGUAUGAAGCCAAGUUAUGCGAGAUUUCGAGCCAGAUGACUGGUAUAUUGUUUAAAGAUGUCAAUAAGAAAUGGCUACACGAUGAUACUUAUCUCUAUACAGCUAAAGUGGAAACAAAAGCAGUUUCUUUCAACCUUGAAUUGACAGUAAAUGUUAAGGAUUCAGAUGAUUUCAAAAUCGAGAAUUUGAUGUGUUACUUUAUAAAUAUUGAAGAUUGUUACAUGCUAGAAAUCUCUCCCUGGUUUGAAAAGAUCACAAGGACCAAGAAAUUUUCGCUGCUUAUGUCUGCAUUAUCCGAUUACAAUGAUUAUAGUAUCUUUAGAUCUAAGAUUCUACAUAGUUUAGAAUCACAGAAAUAUGCGAGAGUUGAGCAAUAUACUAAAGAAUCUGGUGGCGUACUGAUAUAUAUAUGUCCUCCUGUGGAUCCAAAGAAAUCAUAUCUAAUAUUUCAUUGGUCAAUGAAAUUUUUGGAUCUCACAUGGCACAUAGAACAUUUUUUUAUAGUGAAGUCAACAGAUAUAGGAAUUGAAUUUUCUGAAGAAAAUCGUCUUUUGUUGAAAAAAUUUUGCAAGAUUGGAUUAACAAAGAAUGAUCUUGUGAAUCUGUGGGAUGACUUGUGUACUUCUAUUGAAACUUAUCAUGCAAGAAGCACAGAAUAUACCUGAUGGGACCAAUUCUUUUUAAUCAAAAUCCAAUCUGAAGGAAGACAAGAAUUAAUUAUUUCUAAAUACAUUGUU